UGAAUGGCGGCAUACGCAGGGAAACUAUGAAAGCAUACGUGUCGUUGGACAAUUUUUGCAAAGUGUAUUUUUCUAACAUUUAAAAACGCUGUAAUAUAAGUAUGAUUUCACCAGGUCAUUUACUUCUUUAUGCUAUUGUAUUUGCAGUAAUAUGUAUAAUUGUGUUUUCUAUAGCAUUAUUUAUAAUAACAGAACCACAUCCACAUAUUUGGAGAGAUGAGAAAGAAAAAUAUUUCUUUAAUCCAAAGACAGAAAAUUCUGAAGUUUUCCCAUCUUUACAUGACAGUUGGAGUGUACAUUUAAGUGUGAUUGUACCAGCUUAUAAUGAAGAGCAAAGAUUACCUACAAUGCUGGAUGAAUGUUUGGAAUAUUUGGAAAAUCGUUUAAAAAAUGGAUGUACUUAUGAAGUGAUUGUAGUUAGUGAUGGAAGCACAGAUAAAACUGUAGAUAUUGCACACAAUUAUGCAUUAAAACAUGAAAAUAUUAGGGUACUAAAUCUUGUUAGAAAUAGAGGAAAAGGCGGUGCAGUCAGACUAGGUAUUCUAAGUGCAAGGGGCAGUGCAAUAUUAUUUGCAGAUGCAGAUGGUGCUACUAAAUUUAGUGACUUAGAAAAAUUAGAUAACAGUUUAACAAGUAUUUUAGGAUUCAAUUAUGUAAACAACCCAAAUGAAGUUAGUUCCUCUCAUGCAGUAGUAUGUGGUUCUAGAGCUCAUCUAGAGGAAGAAGAAACAGCCAAACGCACAUUUUUUCGAUUAUUGUUAAUGCAUGGAUUUCAUUUCUUAGUAUGGUGUUGGGGAGUGAGAGGUAUCAGGGAUACACAAUGUGGCUUUAAACUUAUCACACGGGAAUCUGCAAGAGCUAUAUUCCAAGCUUUACAUGUUGAGCGGUGGGCAUUUGAUGUAGAAAUGUUAUAUAUUGCGAGAAAACUAAACAUUCCUAUUACUGAGAUUCCUGUAAAUUGGACGGAAAUUGAAGGAUCCAAAAUAGUACCCCUUUGGAGUUGGUUACAGAUGGGCACAGAUUUAUUUUUUAUUUGGUAUAAAUACAAAAUUAGGGCAUGGAAAAUAAAAAGAUCUAAACAAAUGUAAUACAAGG